AGAGGGAUCGAGCAGGAGUGGGAGGAAAGCAAGUCAAAGAAAAAAAAAGAAAAUCCGCGAAGAAAAGCGAUUCGGUCUCCUCAUCACCAUUCACCGCUGCGGCCGGCCGCCUCCUCAGAUCUGCGGAGAUCCAGCCUCGCCGGCGGCGGCGGCGGCGGCCAGAGUCCAGGAUGCCUUCCACGGUGCAGCCGCGCCGCCUCCCCCGCGACGACACCCUGCUCCUCCCCUCCGCCUGCUCCCACCGCCUCAAGCCCUGGUCUUGGCGUCCCCAAUCCCUCCUCGCCUCCUCCUAACGCCCACCGUCGAUCCAUCUGUCCACCCUUCCUCCUAGCUCUACCCUCUGCUGCUGCUUCUCUCCUCUCACGCCCGCUGGAAUUCUUCCUCGCCACAGUCGUUUUGUUUCCUCCCGUCGGUUGACUUACGUAGUGAGUUCCGUGUUGUCUGUUGCACCGGAUCGGAUUGCUCGCUCGCUUUCUGGAUUGGAUCUGUGGUGCUGGGAGUCAGCAUCAGUUUGGUUUAGCGGUUUCAGGUUUGCAGUGUUAGUGUAUCACUGCUACCAGCAAGCUAUUGACUUGAUGGGUGGUCAUUCCUGCGGUCUAGAGGGAGCACCGGGUGUGACACCUGGCGGUGUCUCUCUUGCCGGCGCUGUCUGCACCGAUAUUCCGCCAGAGAAGCGUUGUGCCUUGGUUGAUGAAACCUGUCAACAGGCGGAGAGUGGCAAUGGUUCGUUGGAGGCUGAAAUGUGCUUGGGUUUCUCCAAGUCUAUCAGUUUGGGAGUGAAGAAAGGCCUUCAGAAGUGCUCGACUUUUCCUACCUCUUCUAGUGAGCCUCAACAGGAUGUUGGUUCAUGCCGCCAUGUUGAUGACAGACAGGAUGCUCCAGUUUAUGAGCGUUCAGUGUCCUUACCUCCAACUUUGAAGCUCGUAUCUGCUAUGAAAGGAAGCCGCCAAAAGAAUGGAAUGGAAUCACCAACUGAAAAUCGCCACGUGAAAUGGGCCCCUGACGUGUAUGAUCCCCCUGUGACGUCGGUAUGCCAUUCAGUGAAUAGCAGUUAUCAGCAUCGGUCCAAGCCCCGCAAGAAGGAGAAGAACAAACAGAAGAAAAAGCAGAAGAGGAAGCCCAAGAAAAAUCAACAGAAUUCUAUCCAAAAUCCAUCUGUACUACAGGCUCCUGAUCUUGGGUUGAAAGAUGUUUGCACCUCUGGUGGUCGGUCUGCACUAGACGACCUCGGUAGACUUGAGGCUGAGAUGGUGGAUUACAGCAUUGGCAAUCAAGAAGCCAAAUGUGGAAGCAGCUUCCUGCGUGAAACUAUCGCUAAAAUGCAUUUCUCGAUUGCUGAAGCUUCCUGAGAGGCGCUUGGGUUCUGCAGAUGCUCCUCCAUUGUGUAAAUAUGAUGAAUGUAUAUAAAUAAAUCUAGGUUGCUGCUGUUGUCGUGUGUUUCCUGUUUGCAUGAGGCGUUUUCUAGCUUCUGGCCUGUUGUUGUUUGGAGCAAUAAGCAUAACCUUUUGAACAUAUUGUGUUUUGUAUGUUUUGAUGGACAGAUUUAUCUUUAAUCCAUGACUGCAGUUGUUGCCUUA